CACUUAAGCUGCAAAAUACUGGUCGUAGCGCAACAAGUUGUGGACCACGGAAUUGAUCGAAGAGUCAUCUCUGAUCACUCCAACUGAUUGAAGUGCAAGUGCACCUAUCACCUAUGGAAAACUGCUGUGUGCAAGAGCUGGCCGCCGGCACCGUCGGGGCGCCCGACGUGCCCAGCCGGUACAUCGUGCGCGGCCACCAGGACCAGCAGCUCGCCACGACGGUCGUAGCGCCGGUCCCUGUUAUCAACCUCGGCCUCCUUUCCAAGCAGGACGGCGGCGCUGCUGAUGAGGCAGCGAAGCUCCGGUCAGCUAUCGAUUCCUGGGGCCUCUUCCUGAUCAGUAACCACGGCGUAGACGUGGCCGUCAUGGACAGCAUGAUGGCCGCGACGCGGGAGUUUUUCCGGCAACCGCUUGAAGAGAAGCAGAGGCAAAGCAACCUGAUCGGAGAUGAUCAGUACGAGGGGUACGGGAACUACGAGGGGUAUGGGAACGACCAGGUGUCCUCGCCGGACCAGACCCUGGACUGGACUGACCGUCUCUACCUCAAGGUGGAGCCCGAGGACGAGCGGCGCAUUGCCCUCUGGCCAACGCAUCCCGAAAGCUUCAGGGAUGUUCUGCACGAGUUCACAAAGAAAUGUGGGGCAGUGAAGGACGAUCUUCUCCGGGCAAUGGCGAAGCUGCUGGAGCUUGACGACGACGACUACUUCGUGGACCAGCUUGUGGUGAAGCCCCUCACUAAUGUUAGAUGCGGCUACUACCCGGUGUGUCCGAGGCCGGAGCUCGUGUUCGGCCUCACGCCCCACUCCGAUGGAACCAUUGUUACUAUACUCAUGGUUGACGACAGCGUCGGUGGCCUGCAAGUUCUCAGAGAUGGGGUCUGGUGGGAUGUACCAAUCGUGCCUCACACACUGCUGAUGAUUUUAGGAGACCAAAUGGAGAUAAUGACCAAUGGGAUCUUUAAGAGCCCUGUGCAUAGGGUCAUGACAAACACAAAGAAAGAGAGGCUAUCUGUGGUUCUUGACUACUCUGUUGAUUCUGAGAGAGAAAUCGAGCCGUCGGCUCAACUUGCCAAUGAGAAGAGACCAGCCUUGUACAGAAAAGUGCAGGUCAAAGACUACAUUGUGGAACACUACAAUCAUUUUUCUCAAGGGAAAGAAGUCGUUAUGGGUAAGCUGAAGAUAUAACUAUGUGUGGGGCAAUGAAGAUAUAACUAUGUAUGGUACCGGGGGUUUCUUGCUAAAAACGUGGUCAUUUUGCCACACAUAUAUAUUUGUAUCGUUACAAUGCAAGUGUGUAUUUAAUCCAAUUGUUCAACAUCACAUGUUGUUUCAAGUUUUCGCAUGCUAAUAAAAAGAAAUAAAGUGGCAAUAUCAUUAAUGUAU